CAUUGCAUGCACUGUUGCAGCAGGUCAUACGAACGUAGUGUAGAGCUAAACGCACAAAUCCUGAAGACUGCACGCGUCACGCGGCCACUCACACACCGGUUCUCAGCAGCCACGGAGAUAAGCACAUUUAACAUCCCUGCAACUAAUUAGAGAUCAUGGCAUCUGUAAUCGAGAAGCUCAUCACUCCUUUGGCCAGCGGCCCUGCUGAGCCCCCUAGGAACAAAGUGACAAUUGUUGGUGUUGGGCAGGUGGGCAUGGCAUGUGCUGUCAGCAUCCUGCUUCGGGAAUUGGCAGAUGAACUGGCUUUGGUGGAUGUCGUGGAGGACAGACUGAAGGGCGAGAUGUUGGAUCUGCAACACGGCAGCCUUUUCCUUAAGACCCCAAAGAUUGUUGCUGACAAGGACUACUCUGUGUCCGCUAACUCCCGUAUCGUCGUUGUGACUGCCGGAGUGCGUCAGCAGGAGGGUGAGAGCAGACUGAACCUGGUGCAGAGGAACGUCAACAUUUUCAAACACAUCAUCCCUCAGAUUGUCAAAUACAGCCCUGACUGCACUCUCAUUGUUGUGUCCAAUCCAGUGGAUGUUCUGACUUAUGUGACCUGGAAGCUGAGUGGUCUGCCAAAGCACCGUGUCAUCGGUAGCGGAACCAACCUGGACUCCGCCCGUUUUCGCCAUAUCAUGGCAGAGAAACUGGGCAUCCACUCCAGCAGCUUCAAUGGCUACGUCCUGGGAGAGCACGGAGACUCCAGCGUGCCUGUAUGGAGUGGAGCAAAUGUGGCUGGAGUCAGCCUACAGAAACUCAACCCUGAUAUUGGCACAGAUAAAGAUGCAGAGAACUGGAAAGAUGCUCACAAGAUGGUUGUGGACAGUGCUUAUGAGGUGAUCAAGCUGAAGGGGUACACCAACUGGGCCAUCGGCCUUAGUGUGGCUGAUCUGACUGAGAGUUUGGUGAAGAACCUUAGCAGGGUCCACCCUGUUUCCACCAUGGUGAAGGGCAUGUAUGGUAUCAGUGAGGAGGUAUACCUGAGCCUGCCUUGUGUGCUCAACAGCAGUGGAGUGGGCAGUGUCAUCAACAUGACCCUGACUGACGAAGAAAUCGCUCAGCUCAAGAAGAGUGCAGAUACUCUGUGGGGCAUCCAAAAAGACCUGAAGGACCUGUAGAACAUCCGCAGAGGGCACAACAUACUCUCUGGUCCAUAACUCUGUUACACACUCCCUCAGAAUCUUUACCCACUCUUUAGCUCUGUCCUCCCUUCUCACUUGCUUUUGGGUAUGGUUACUUUUAAACUAUUUUUCUAUGGUGAUCCAUGUAUGUAUAAUAAUCCAAAAUGAGGAAUGUCCCUUCUGAUAAUAUGAUUCUGUUAUGAUCAAAGGAGAACGUCAGGUUCUCUUAAGGUUCUUAGCAAUUGCACUUGUUAACUUGGUCACUUUGUGUGGGCAAUGAAGAAAGAACGCACACCUCUCCUCUUCUUGGCAUAAUUUACUGAGAUCAUUAGGGAAAGUUCCAGUGUGUCUUUCUCUACUUAAUUCAAGAGGAGAAGGGGCCGAAGUAAAAUGGACACAAAUGUAUUCCGUCUUCUGAAUCAUAUUGUAUGUAUCUGUCAUAUUAAUGAGUGUAAAGGAUGACAUGACUAAAGUAAAAAAAAAAAUGAAUAAACCUGUUCAAA